UCUCCUGUUAAAAAAGAGAUGGAUGAAGACAACGAUGAAGAUAAUGAAAGUGAAGAUGAAUGGGAAGAUGUAGAAGAACUCCAGGAACCUGCCACAGAUAAGUUAGAAGAAGCUGCUUCUCUUCAGGCAGUGGUGCUGCCAAGCAAUCCUGUCGAGAUAGAGAUUGAAACCCCAGAGCAGCUGAAGAAAAGAGAAAGGAGAGAAAAAAGGAAGGCUGAGUUUGAGAUCUACCUGCGAAGAAUGAUGAAACGUUUUAGCAAGGAGGUUCGUGAGGACACACAUAAGGUUCACCUCUUGUGUUUAUUAGCAAAUGGUUUCUAUAGGAACAGGAUCUGCAACCAGCCAGAACUUCAUGCCAUUGGUCUAUCUGUCAUCCCCACCCACUUCACUAAAGUGCCUGCUGAUCAAGUGGACCUUCUCUACCUUUCCAACUUGGUGAAAUGGUUUGUGGGAACCUUCACUGUCAAUGAUGAGCUUUCCACUGAAAAAGGAGAGCCCCUUCAGUCGACCUUGGAGAGGCGCUUUGCCAUCUAUGGUGCACGAGAUUAUGAGGAGUUAGUUCAUGUAUUUUUAAUUAUUCUGCGAGCAUUACAGCUGAUGUGUCGCCUCGUGCUGUCUUUUCAGCCUCUUCCUCUCAAGGAAACAGGAGCAAAGGUAAAAAGCUCAUCCAAGAGGCAGUCUCUCAGUGCUGCUUCUGAGGGGCAGGAGGGCUCGGCUGUAACGUCCAAAGCCGUGACGAAAAAAUGCCCCUGCAAAAAAGCCAAGCAGGAUGAGAAAUCCUCAGAGAGUGAAAAAGACAACAAGGAGCCCAAGAAACCCAAAACUGCUCAGACCAAAAGGUUGUGCAAGUCAAAGUUAACUACAGGCAGCCAGGAACAAAAGGAAUCGGGUAAUGAGGAGAGCAGUUUAGCAGAAAAAGAUGUUCUGGUCAGGCCCAAGAAUGAUCGGCGGAGGCGAGUGGCCUCCAAAGUGUCUUACAAAGAAGAGAGUGAAAGUGAUGAGGGCAGCGUCUUGGACUUUGAGAUUUCAGAGGAGGAGAGUGAUCUCUCUGAUGAAGAUUUUGUAACUGUCCCUAAAAGGCGGAAGAGCUCACUGGGCUCCUGGAAUUCAAAGGUAACAGCUACAAAAAGCCUCAAAAUUGAGGCUUCGGAAUCAAGGCUAUCUAAAAAUUCACGUGGAGCUGAGCCUAGGCCAGCAAAAAGUGCAGCUUCAGCCUUGCCUCAUGCACAGAGAAAGAGAAACAAAAUAAUUUCUAGUGAUGAAGAUGAUGGACAGCAGGAGAUAAGCAAAGUGAUGGGCACAGACCAGUGGCUGGAAGUUUUCCUUGAACAUGAGGAAAAGUGGGUGUGUGUAGACUGUGUUCAUGGCAGCGUUGGCCAGCCCCAGCUGUGCUUCAGGAAUGCCACAAAGCCACUUUCCUACAUUGUGGGAUUUGACAAUGAUGGGAGUGUCAGGGAUGUGACACAAAGAUAUGACCCAGUGUGGAUGACUGCAACAAGGAAGAGCCGUGUUGACCGUGAGUGGUGGGAAGACACACUUCAGCUGUAUAGAAGUCCCCAUGUGGAAAGAGACAUGAAAGAGGAAAAUGAGUUUCAAGUCAAGCUUCAAGAUCAACCUCUACCAACAGCAAUUGGGGAGUACAAAAACCACCCUCUUUAUGCGCUGAAGAGACACCUCUUGAAAUAUCAGGCCAUUUAUCCUGAGUCAGCUGCUAUCCUAGGGUACUGCAGGGGGGAGGCUGUCUACUCCAGAGACUGUGUACACACACUGCACUCUAAGGACACUUGGCUGAAGCAAGCUCGGGUGGUGAGGAUUGGAGAAGUGCCUUACAAGAUGGUGAAAGGCUUUUCCAACCAGGCCAGGAAGGCACGCCUUGCAGAGCCCGCAAACCGGGACAAGGAGGACCUGGCGCUGUAUGGUCGCUGGCAGACAGAGGAGUAUCAGCCACCUGUAGCAGUGGAUGGAAAGGUUCCUCGGAAUGAAUAUGGAAACGUCUAUCUCUUCCUGCCAUCCAUGUUACCCAUUGGCUGUGUGCAGCUGAGACUCCCAAAUCUGAACAGAUUGGCACGGAAGCUGGACAUUGACUGUGCUCAAGCCAUCACUGGCUUUGAUUUUCAUGGCGGCUACUCACACCCAGUUACUGAUGGCUACGUUGUCUGUGAGGAGUACAAAGAGAUCCUCAUUGCUGCCUGGGAGAAUGAACAAGCAGAAAUAGAAAAGAAAGAGAAGGAGAAGCGUGAGAAAAGAGCUCAGGGGAAUUGGAAGCUGCUGACAAAAGGACUUCUCAUCAGAGAGAGACUGAAGCAACGCUACUCCAUCAAAACUGAGCCAUCAGCUCCUGAGUCAGAGAAAGGAGCUGGAUUCUCUUCUGAUGAAGAAGGAGGUCAAAGUUCAGAGACUGCAGUGGAGAACAUGGCCAUUUUUUGGCCUCAAAAUCGCCAGUUAGAGAAAAAAAAAGAAGAGAAGACAACCAGAAAGAGCAAGCGAGAAAAGAAAGAAGAAGCAGCACAGUUGUUCCCUUUUGAGAAACUGUGAUGGGAACAAGUGUUUCUUUGCCAUUUUCCAGAGGCAAGAACCCUGGUGACACCAGAAGUAUCCCUUGCCAGUUAAGGAC